AUAUCAAAAAAAAAAGGAAGUUUUUUCUUCUUUCUCGAUAUUAUAUCUGUUUUUAAUGUGUGCUGUUUAGUGAGUGAAUUUUAUGCAACAUCAAAACGGCUUACCAAAUAUUUGAUGGAGAAACACAAUUGCAAUACACCACCAGAAAAUAAAGUGGAAGUACUCUAUGAAAUUGAAGUGGUCCAUAUUCUGAGCAUUGAAGAAAUCAAAAAUACAAUGUCUGUAUUGGUGUAUAUUGAAGAGCGAUGGUAUGACAAAUCGCUAAGUUGGGAUCCAAAGCAGUUUUCAAUGUUAAAUACCACAUGGCUUCCGACAGAUAUCAUCUGGGUUCCUGACAUCAUUGUAUUUAACAUGCUUGAGCAUACUGAAUUGCUAAGAAGUGUUCGAGCUCCGGCUCAAGUUGAUUAUACCGGCCUGGUGAAAUGGUCAUAUCCAGCGAUUUAUACUGUUAUGUGCGCCAUUUAUGUUCAUUACUUUCCAUUUGAUGAACAAAAAUGCUACUUGGAAAUUGCUAGUUGGGGUUAUGAUGAAAACAAGCUUCGGUUGAAUGCUUCAUCGAAACAACUACUUGUUCAUUAUACAUCCAAUGAUGAAUGGGCUUUAAAAUAUGUUGGUUUGAAAAAAUCACAAUUUGUUCACGAAGAUGUUGCUGUUUCUGAGAUAAAACUGAUGAUCAAAGUGUUACGUAAACCAUUGUACUACAUGGUAUCGUUGGUUGUACCGUCAUACAUCAUUUCAAUCUUGUCUAUUGCCGGCUUAUUUGCUAUAUUCUCAACCACCAACGAAAGACAAGAAAGGUUCACACUUGGAGUAACAGCUACGCUCACGAUGGCUGUACUGUCGCUUGUGGUUUCUGAAAAAACACCUCACAGCUCUGAGCAGAUACCAUUACUAAUUUGGUAUUUCAUUUACAAUGUAUUGGUAAUUACAAUAGCAACCAUAAGCACUUCAAUUUCAAUGAUUAUACACUCGAAAGGUUUUGCAUACAGCAGUAAAAUGCCACCAAAAUGGGCUCUUGCUCUCUUCUUUAUACGAGAAAGUUGGUUCAGAAAACAGGUAACUUAUCAAAACUGGUACUUCAAAUAUUUUUAA